UUUCUCGGGGAGACAAGGAUUUUCUGAAACCAAAUGAAAUUACACCUGCAAGCAUUCACUUAAAGUAAUCUGUGGAACAAGUAAUUACAGACUAUGUCAUGAAAAGAAAUUGCCUCAGAAUAAGAACAGAGAGCCUACUGUAAUUGUUGCUUUGGGACAAAGAUUUUCAGCAUGAAUUUAUUUGACCCAACAAGUCCCUCAUAUCAGAGAAAUAAUUGCAGAUAUAACACAAGAGAGGCAGACAGUGGUUUCCUAAGUUUAAACAGCAGUGCAUCCACCAGCUUGUAUGCGUCUCAGAGUAAAACUGCCCAGUGGUCUCCAAACUGCCUGCUUUUAGGGGAUGCUUUGACCUACAAGCUAUUAAGAUCUGAGAAUAGAAGAGUGGCUCUGGAUGAAAGCCUCAGACGAGCAUAUAGUGCUUUGGAGCAUCAGAGGAGGUUUUUACAGGAUCACAACUAUGGCCUGCAAACCAAUGACACAAGAAUUGAGACACUUCUUCAGAGACAAAAGUUUUUGGAAUCCAAAAUUUCAAACCUUCAAACUAAAAACAUCUACUGCAAUGAUGCAAUACAGAAUCAAAUGAAUGAUAAAGAGGAUCAGGAUUUUCAAAAACAGUUCUUAACCAGUCAAGAAAGCCAAAACAGCAGAAUUACUGCUCUGGAAAGAGAAAUUAAUAACAUAAAGAAACUGACAAACUAUGUUCCGAUAAAGACGAAUAAUGAUUCCUUACGAUUUGGACGGUGGGCAGAACAAAAAGAUUAUAUGAAAGAGAUGCAAGAGAAUUUGAGACAAUAUGCUGAAGAGAUGGCAACUAAAUGCAAUAAUGCAGAGCAAGAAAAGGAUGCCCUGGAGCUCCAAAUAACAUCACUGCACUCAGGUCUCCUUCAAGCCAAAAUGGAUUCUAAAGGAUUACAAAAAGAAUGUGUAAAGCUUCAAUCUCAGCUGUUGGCCAACAGAAAUAUAAAUGAGAGUCUUCAUCUUGAAGUGUCUUCUCUGAAGCAGCUUAUGCAGAAACUGGAGAACUCUAUUAAAGGUUCCGAAUGUGAAAAUAAAUCACUUAAUCUGCAAGUUCAAAAUCUGGAAAGAGAAAAGCAGUGUUUGUUAUCCCAAAAAGAAAUGCUGUUUGGAAUACUUCAGAGAAGCAAAACAGGCAAAACACAUUCUGCUGACAACCAGAGUAAAAGAACCAAUGGGGAGAUUCUGAUUCCAGCAAAUAAAGAAAGAGUUUCAAGGGAAGACACAAAUGUGAACACAUUUGCUUCUGGAUCUAUGGAAUCAUUUAUAGAAAAUUCAUCACAAAGCUCAUCAAGGACAAGUUCUAAGAAAUCAAAGAGGUUGAAACAAAAUAGGGAUAUCCACUCUGGCAAAGGGAAUAUGAAUAAUGGAGUUUCAUGGAACACUGACCUCAGCACUCCCAGAAGCAUGGCAUGCCAAAAGUUGGAGAACAUACUACAGGCUGAACAUGAAUCUUCUUCACAAAGUGAGGUGUAUUGUUGCAGACCUGACCAAAUCAGUAUAUUAAGUAAGGGAUCAGAAGAGAAUAUGAGGUUCAUUGCUGCAUGUCACCAACAUCUGGCAGACUUAUUGCUACAGUUAGAAUGUCUUCUUAAAAGCAACACAAGAUUGAAUAAAGAAAAGGCUGAAAUAGUGAAAUAUCUGUUGGGCAUGUUAAAGGAACUAAAGGAUGCAAAAAAUGUGACUGAAAAAAGUAGAAAGGAUGUUGAGGAACUGCUUACUGAGCACAUCACAUGGAGAACAGACUGCCUGAAGAGAGACAAUCAGAUCACUGCAGUUGUAAUUGAACUGAAGCACUUAAAACAAGCUUAUCAUGGAAUUAUUAAGCAUUCUGAUGACCCAGAUGACAAGAAAGCCAUUUUGUGGAUUAGCAGAGUGCAGGCAAUAAAGGAUUCUCUUAAAAACCUUGCAAUUCAGGAGCAGAAGACUAAAGAUAUGAAAGACUGCCUAUUGAGGAAUAACAUUAAAUCUGAGGAAUAAAAACAAUGUGACUGAAUUUUUAAAGAAUACUGUAUUUUACUUAUGAUUGAGAACAUUAGUCUGUAUAGCCUUUUUUUUAGUAAGUUGUAUUGCUCGCAAUUCUCUUAAUGGUAAACAAGUACAAUUUUUCAUAUGCCUAGGCCAGGAACAGCAGCCUAAAGGACAGUAGGAAAUAUAUCACAUUUAUUAAAAACAUAUGUAUAUAUUAAUCAAUAGCUAAGGUUGAAUAAGUCUAGCCUUAAGGUUUGCAUGUCACUAUGCUACCAUUGUGUUUGUUGUACAAUAAAAUGCUGUAGUUAAUUACUAGACUAUUGCUAAAGCCAUGGGUGUAACAACUACUAUAAAGCACUCGCAGGUGCACAAAUAUGCAUACUGCGAAAUAGACAACUCCAUUUUAUAACUGUUACUGGGUGUUACAGGAAUGUACUUCAGUGGCAACUAGUUGCAUUUGCUUGCUCAACAAUCCCUCAAAGAACAAACUGACAAGGCUGUAGGGUCACUUCUGGAACUGGUCAUAAUAAGGAAGAGGCCUUAUAGACAUGACAACUUGUCAGGCCAUUUAUAAGCUGCCCCCCUGCUGCAUAGACUGGAGUUAGAUAAGUAUAAACUCAGUUGAAAGUAUUAUUUCCUAGCAGCCAAUCUUUGUCGAUUCUUGCAGUAGACACCCGCUGCAAGCUUAAUGCUCAAAUAAAUAUUACUUUAAGCAACUGUCACUGACAGGCAAGGGAUCAGCAUGCGCACAGAACAGAUGCCAAACCAGUACUAGGUCAGAAUCUGAUUGCAAAUAUGCCCUGUUCAGUUCAUGGGAACUUGGUGAUGAGGACAACUAGGAGUCCUUGUAGCCGGGUGAUUAGAAUAAAAAUAAACAGAAAAGUAACCACAUAGUAGUCCUUAAUCACUGCAGCAGGGACAGAUUGGCCUGACAGUAACAGAUAUCUAAUAAAGUGAGAGAAUUCAGGGUUACUGAAAGUAAAGUGAUAGUGAUAUACUCUAGCUUAACAUAAAAGCGCAUAUAUGUACUUAUCCAGUAGGAAUUACUCUUUGCAAAGGUGCACCUGCCUUACUUUGCUUCCCCCAGCACCAUUAAUAACCUGUAUUUAACAUUGACACAGCUUCAAGAAGAGGGUCUUGCAAUUGUUGUUAUGCAUGGGGCAAAAUCUCUAUAGGCUGGAGGGGAAAAAAGUGUCCCAGACUAGCUAGAAUUAUCCUUGCCCAGUCAAUUGUUUGUCUUUUUUUUAUUAUACUAUGUUGGUGAUUGAGUCAGUGAGUGGAAGCUAAGACCGGAGGCAAAUUAUAUCCUCCCUUUCCUAUCUCUGUUAUGUCUGUCACCAACCUUGUAAUCCAAUAUUGCAAAUAUAUUGCCUAGGCAUGAUCUAUCUAAAUUAGCAAACAUUUAUGUUUUGUCUCCUGUAUAAAGGUUAGGUGUUACAUUUGCAGUUAUAAAAAUAGACAUACAUUUCACAACCUUUCAUUUCAUUUGUAAUACAGGUAUAGGAUCCCUUAUCCGGAAACCCAAUAUCCAGAAA